AUGUCAUUUACUUCUUGCUUGAAAACCAAAUUACCCACCUUUGCUCGACGAGCAGGCAUUUAUGUUGGCAGCAAGCCGAGAUUUUUCACUCAGACUGCACUUCUUCGCAAUGCCUCUGUUCCUGUCUAUCCUUCCUUACACACUCUUACAGAAGAAGAAAUUACUAUACGUGACACAGUUGCAAAGUUUGCUCAGGAAAAAAUACUGCCAAAAGUUCAAGAAAUGGAUGAAAAAGAAUCAUUAGAUAAAGAGAUCCUUAAUGGUUUAUUUGAUCAAGGGUUUAUGGGAGUAGAAACCCAAGGAAAAUAUGGCGGUGCAGAGGGUUCUUUUAUGUCGGUUAUUCUUGUGGUAGAAGAACUUGCCAAGGUUGAUCCUUCGAUUAGCGUAAUCUGCGAUGUUCAAAAUACCCUCGUAAAUACUUUAUUCCUUAAAUAUGGCAAUGACGCCAUAAAAGAGAAAUAUUUACCACAACUUGCAGCCAACAAGGUUGGCUGCUUCUGUUUGUCCGAAGUAGGUGCCGGUAGUGACGCGUUUUCAUUAAAAACACGUGCUGAAAAGAAAGAUGGUUAUUAUGAACUAACUGGCUCCAAAAUGUGGAUAACAAAUUCAUAUGAAGCCGAUAUUUUUUUGGUUUUUGCUAACAUCGAUUUUACGCAAAAGCAUAGGGGGAUCACUUGCUUUGUCGUUGAAAAAGAUUUUGGAGUGCAAGUUGCAAAGAAAGAAUCAAAGCUUGGUAUUAGGGCCUCUUCUACGUGCACUCUCAAUUUUGACGGAGUGAAGGUUCCCGAAGAAAAUGUGCUUGGUGAACUUGGCAAAGGAUAUAAAUAUGCAAUUGAGAUUUUGAACGAAGGGCGUAUUGGAAUUUCUGCUCAGAUGAUUGGAUUGGCUCAGGGUGCAUUUGACCACGCGUUGCCUUAUACUUUGGAACGGGAACAGUUUGGUCAACACGUGGGUGAAUUCCAGGGAAUGCAAUUUCAAUUUGCUCAAAUUGCCACUGAUAUCGAGGCUGCGAGGCUAUUGACUUAUAACGCCGCAAGAUUAAAGCAAGAGGGCAAAAACUUUGUCAUGGAGGCUGCGAUGGCAAAAUUAUUUUCUUCGCGAGUUGCAGAAAAUGCUGCAUCUAAAGCUAUCGAAUUUAUGGGUGGUGUUGGAUUCACAAGAGAUUAUCCAGUUGAAAAAUAUUACAGAGACGCAAAAAUAGGCUCAAUUUACGAAGGAACAUCAAACAUCCAAUUACAAACAAUCGCCAAAUUGAUCGUGAACAAAUAUAAAUCUUAG